GAUGAGACGGGGAUGAUAAUUUUGAAAAUGCAAUUGUAUGUAUGUACUUAUCACAACCAAGCUCUUUCCUAGCCAAGUUCUCCCCUGACUUAGGCACUCCACGGGACUGUGCAUACACUAAACCCCUCAUCAGCUAUCUUGCUGUGGCUGAGCGAACCUAGAUUUCAUCAUCGUUUCGCCAUUCACUGACCUUCUUUUAAUAGAAGACCGUCAUUUAAGAUCUUGACACCUAUAUUUUGCUCAGAUACUUCUCACGGAAUUCAACCAUCUUCUUUUUCCAAACUACCUGACGAUCUUACAGCAACAGACGCAUAAGGAAGCACCGGCUUUAAGAUGAAUGAUUUCGCCCCUCCUACCGGUCCUCCGCCCCCCAAAGUUCCCGAGGGAUACAAAGCAGUAUGGAACGCCGAAUACAAAGAAUGGUUCUACGUAAAUAUUUACACCAAGAAGUCUACCUGGGACAAACCCACCGAACCUGUCUAUCCUUCCGGUGAUAGCGCUCCUCCCGGUCCACCCCCAGGCUAUUCCGGCGGCUCCUCUCCCUACCCCUCUGACAACAAAAGUAAUCCCUACGACCCCUCUCCUAACACCGAAAGCGAUGCCGAACUUGCCCGUCGUUUGCAAGCCGAAGAAGAUGCUCGUGUAGGUUCAAGCAGUGGUACGCGCGGUAACGCCCAGCAAGACUAUCAAAACACUCCUACGCCUUCCUACUCGCAACAAGAACUACCUCCGCGCGAACAGAAAAAGGGAUUCUUUGGAAAACUUUUAGGAAAGUCUAGUGGUUCGGGUUCGAGUUCAAGUGCCCCGCAGCAACAGUAUCAGCAGCAGUAUGCGCAACAACCACAAUAUGGUGGAUAUCAACAGCAACAAUAUCCACCACAAGGCUACCAACAACAAGGCUACCCGCCACAAGGCUAUCCACCUCAAGGCUACCCCCCACAGCAAGGGUAUGGAGGCGGCUAUGGAGGUGGUUAUGGAGGCGGUUAUCAGCAGCAGAGGCCACAGAAGAGUGGUGGUGGUGGAUUAGGAAUGGCCGGAGGUGCGGCAUUAGGAUUGGGUGGAGGAUUGAUUGGUGGAAUGCUGCUCGAGGAUGCAAUCCAAGAUCAUGAUCAGAAUGAAUACAAUCAAGGAUACGAGGAUGGUGCAGAUAAUGGUGGUGGAGGAGAUGAUUUUGGCGGUGGUGACGAUUUUUAGUCUGGGAGAUGAGAGGCGAGGAGGCGACGGCUGGUGUGAAAUCAUGAUUGAAUGAUAUGAGCACCAGUUUUACAAUUUGCUUGAGCGCGUUUGGAAGAAUGACUUGAUGACUUUAUAUCACAUGCCGCUACAAAAUACUACGAUCGACUACUUGUUAUGAGAAGUGAACCGGAGAAAUUGUGAAUAUGCACGUAUAACACAUUUCAAUGCUAUUGGAGUUUGACA